CGCCGUUGCUGUUGAUGGUGCUGUUGCUGGUGGUCCUGAAUCUUGAAGGAUCACCAAACACCACUCUGGCUUCGGACUGCCCCGCUGACGUAGUAGUGAAGGAAGGAGUAACACAAGUCGUCUUCACCGAAGACAUUAAAUUCCCUUCAAGUUUUGAAACCGGGUGGUACGUGAAGCCUGGAAGUGAUAUUGAAAACGUGCAUUUUGUGGUGGUGGGAAAUGAUGGCACACACCACACUGCCUGGUUCCCUGUCGAUAGAUGCUUCCAGAACGAUGAGUGGUGGAAAUUUACCAUGGGGACAUGGCUAAAUAAUUCUCGUUUCGGGUUUGUACUGAGGUUUAUGUCUAGUGAAUGCUGGAAGGGCUGCCAGUUCAACACUUCCCCGCCGGAACUGUACAGCCUCACCUUGUUGGCUCAUGGCAAUUCCAGUUGGAGAGAAUAUUCACCCUUUAACUGUGGAGCAAACUUUCCUAUCAACCGUAAUUGGCCAGAUUCAUUGCCUCCUUGCAUGGAACCUCCACCCAGCACACCCACUCCACUACCCUGCAGUUUCAUGUUAGGAAUGUUGUUGGUGGCAUUGAUGGUGGCGGAGGUGGUGGUGGUGGUAGUGGUGGUGGUCUGUCGGAAGAGGCGUUUGGCAUCAUCAAAUAAGGAAAGGUUCCAGCCCCAGCCUGCAGCUCUCAGGCCCCACCUGCAGCUCACUGCUGGCCAGGGACUCGUCCCAGACCAAGACGAGCACCACAGUCAUACCUGACCUCUCAGAACGCCGAGUGGUGGUGCCGCAGCCUACACGGGACUCAGAGGAGCCCAUCUACGAUGACGUGAUGCCUGAAUGCAGCGUGUGGCCUCACUUACCCGUGUACGAUCGUGACCGUGCUUCUCCCAAGCGGUGUUUGUUCCCCUAACAGGCUCACGGAGGCUCCUGAACACAGUGAAUCACACAUUUACGCCACGGUGGUGUAGGCAACGUGCACUGCAGUCACGAGGGUGUAAGGAAGCCGCUCUCUCUGUUUUCUGAACGAUCACCACAGCGCUCGCUUGUCAUUCAAGUCAAUGAUGUGCUGAUUUGCUUAGCUUUUUUUCUUGUUAUAGCAAAACUUAUCUUUAUUUGUGGCUUUGUGAAAGAGUUGCCUUGGUUGACUGGUGCAGCCAGUGACCAAUGUGCACUCCCUGCUGGGGCGCCAGGCCAGUGUGCACUCCCUGCUGGGGCGCUGGGCCAGUGUGCACUCCCUGCUGGGGCACCGUGCCAGUGUGCACUCCCUGCAGGGGCGCCGGGCCAGGGUGCACUCCCUGCUGGGGCGCCAGGCCAGUGUGCACUCCCUGCUGGGGCGCCGGGCCAGUGUGCACUCCCUGCUGGGGCGCCGGGCCAGUGUGCACUCUUUGCUGGGGCGCCGGGCCAGUGUGCACUCCCUGCUGGGGCACCGUGCCA